AUGGUUCAACCCCAAAUUGUCCACCCCAAUGUCCAGAUAACCGAAAUCACGAGAGAGUUCUGUAGUGCUGCAUCGAAACUCACCGGGGGCAAGCUGGUCAAAGAUGAGCACUUCACAUUGUAUGAGGCCGUCAGUGCCUUGGAGAUUGGUGAUCCGAAGAUGGAUAGCGGAUGUGCCGCUUUCGACGCUGAAAGCGAUGAAGAGUUCGAUCCCGCAAGAAACGUAUCCGCCGAGGAGAUUGUAUGGUUGAUGGACCAGCUGAUGUACCGCGAGGUAGCAUGGCACAUGGGAUAUCCUCUAUCCCAGACUCUAUUUACCUCGAUACACAUUGAACGACUCCUCUGGCCGCAACCGAAGCAGUUAUCCGAAGCUUGCUUUUGGAGGGACCGUCGCAGUACACGAGAUGUGCCUUCUCUCCUGAAUACAGUUUUCCAGUCCUAUUGUGUGGGCUUGAUCAAAUGCUGUGACCUAGUUCUCUCUAUGGUGGCGAGCCAGCACUUUUACGAGGAGGAAGACUUUGCGCCACAGAUAUACAAUCGGCCUCUCCUGCACGACUUCUCGGUUGGAGAGGUGAUGGACUCGUUGCAGGACGCACAUGUCUUUGUACAAAAGAGCAACCUUCCAGAGCCCUUGAAAGGGGCAUUGAAAGACAGGUUGAAUGCACGGUCUGCUUUCCUGCGCCUCUUUCAUAGCUGUGAACUCCGCGAACGACCAGCCAGCUCAACUCUUCAGGCAGAUCUUGCGUUGAUCGAGGCGGUGGAAAAGACUUCCAUCCUCGGACGCCCAACUCCAACUGUGGCCUUCACCCUGAAGAUGCAACGGAAUCUGGCAAGCAGUGUGCCUCCGAGACCAAUGAUAGUCAUAGAAAAGGAGAAAGCCUUUUCCUUCUUCCAUCAGCUUCUCAGGGAUACCACCUCUGCUUUCCAGAUGCUUGAUAUUACAUGCGGCAGUGACCUGCUAGUUGCCUAUCAGAGGUUCAUGGCGCAGACAUCACAACCCGCAGUGUAUGUUCGGGUACUCCUACAGUCCUUCUUAAACAUCAACAACACGGUACUGGGCCGAUACACUAUCGACCAUUUCAUCACUCAAGACAUGCAUUCUCUGACACUCCCAAGUGCUUUGCCCUUGGGAAGCAACAACAGUGAAAUUGAGGACAUUCCUGAAGACCAGCAGAUGGAAAUUAGCUCUAGAGUGGAGUUAUUUCUGAAUCGUUGCGGACAGUCGUUCCUCAAUUUGUUCAGGACCUACUGUCUGAACCGCUGCCGGGUAAGACGUUCAAUGUGUCACGCAGCCCUUGAGUGGGAUCAGAUCCAGGCGGAGGCUGAGGAUCUGGAUGCCUUUGUCCAAUCCAUCCUCGACGAGCAGCCCAUUCCUUACCCCAGUGGCGAGCAACUCACCUUUUCAUAUUCUUUCAGCAGUUGGGUAUACCACUACAAGCUGAUACAGCUUCAAACCAUUCUUCAGAUGGGAUUUGAACUUUCCAUCUAUGCUCCGCACGAGUUUGCUGAGAUGUACUGGUAUCUUUCAUUCCUCUCCAACUCGCACUUGUCUCACCUGGAGAGGAUCAGCUUCUUUGUGUCCUCGAGCCGGCAGGUGGAUGUACGCCGGCGAGAUGAGGUACAGGUUACUCUGAAGCGCUUGUAUCGGUAUUUCACUUGGCUCAAGGCCACAGAGGCAAUGGCAAACGCUCUGCAUCGAGUCUUCGUUAUUAUACAACGUCACGGCCAUCUGCACAAGCCUUCGCCAGCGUAUGCAUCAGACCGCUUACGCUACGAGCUGAGAAUGCGGCCGUUUCUCAAUCUCUCCAUCCCCGAGCCCAUCGACUUUGACUUGGCUCAACCGGCCCGCUUGUUGCUGGAGCUUUCUGACGCGUCCGUGCUGGAGCAGGCCACCAGUCUAGUACAGACGGCAAAGAAAGCAUGGGAGGAGGUUCUGAGAGGCGGCUGGGAGUCUAAGGGGCCCCGGCCGGCAGAUGCCAGAGCUGAUACGGUGGAUACGGGAAGAAGCAAGCAAGUCGCUCCAGUAGUGGACAGUGAGUGGACACAGGACGUGCGAAACUUAAUGAAGGCAUGUAUAGGUACAGCCAUCGCAAUUGCUGCCCUGAGUAAAGCUCUGAACGCGAAAGGGAAGACCACGGCGGGAACCGGCAUAUCGAGUCUGAAGGUCGAAAUUCCGCCAGUUGGGCAUCGAGACCGGUGGCAUGUGGCGUGGCCUGUACCCAAGAUCUCCAGCUGA